GGCGGGGAGGCACAGUAGAGGCGGAGGAGGAAUGCGAAGCUCCAUCCAGUGCUGAGACCAGGAGCAUUUGCGCAGAUAGCCUGCGCUGCCUUCAUCAGACACACAGCAUUUCACACAGGGAAGUUUGUUGUUAUUUUUUUGUCCCCGCUGUCGAUCAAUCCGCCUGCAAAGUUUCUGCGAGGAGCAGGAGCAACCAACCGCUGCUAACCGGACUCGUGUCAGCAGCACCAGGGAUUUACCAUGGUGAUCAAAGUGUACAUAGCAUCGUCCUCCGGAUCCACUUCGAUAAAAAAGCAGCAGCAGGAUGUGAAGGGCUUCCUGGCGGCGAAUAAGAUCGAAUUCGAGGAGUGUGACAUCGCGGCGCACGAGGGCAACAGGAAGUGGAUGAGAGAGAAUGUUCCGGAGGAGUCUAGGCCGGCCACGGGGAACCCUCUCCCCCCACAGAUAUUUAACGAGAGCAAAUAUUGCGGGAACUACGAGGCCUUCUUCGAUGCCAGAGAGGAUAACGCCGUGUAUGCGUUUCUGGGUCUGACCGCUCCCCCGGGCUCCAAGGAGGCCGAGGCUCUAGCGAAGAAAGCCCAGCAGUAGCAGCUUUGCGUGGUUUCUACCUGAGACCUGAACCCAGACCUGGAACUGACCCAGGACAAAAAAGAAGAAGCAACAUUUAAAUCGGCAUAUAAAAAUGUGGACUGUUUUGAUCUAUUUCACUGUUUUUUUCUAUUAAUCUGUGUUCAGCUGUGCCUUAUCAGUUGUAGUGAGAGGAGGUACUAAAGCAGAGCAUUGUGGGUAUCUACAAACCACUCUGCUUCCUACAGUUUAACUCAGCCUGUUAAGCCUAUUGGCCUAAUGACAUGUCAAUCAACCAUAAGCUUGAAGAUGUAGCUUAAUUUUUUAAGAACACAUCAUUAGACACAACAAAAUGUACACACUUUCAAAAUUGUAACACAGAUUCAUAAUUUGGACAACAAAUAAAUCACCCAUAAAACAUUUCCUAACUUAUUUCACCCAACUAGUUAGAAUAAUUAGAAUAAAUUGUAUCUGUUGACAUUGAGUGAGAUGCUCCUGCCAAUCACAUCAUCGCCAAACCUGCAGCACCUUCUGUAAAAGUGAUCCUAUACAAUCCUAAUCUCUCUUUUUUAUUUACAUUAUAAUGUCUUAAUGCUGUUUUAAAAGCAGACUUUUUUCUACAAGAUGAUGUUUGUUUGCAAAUUAUGCCAAAAUUACAAGUCUGCAUAAACAGAAGGAUGUGAAGCUGAGUUAUUUUGUUUAAUUUGUUGUAACGGUUUUUAGGGGAGUUGGAUAGCUUUUGUUAUGCUAUAAGCAUCCUGUGUUACCUUGUGUUGGUAGUCCCUGUUUUUCAUUAUGUUCUCUAAAAUAAAAUAAAAUAAGACUUCAAAUGAAAA